GGAGACCCCUGGGACCUGCCUCCCACGGGUGCCUUCAGUUUCCCACCCGCACAGGAGACGAUCGUCUCUCGGUCGGUAAAUAAAAUGGCGGGGUGCCCCUCCGUUCCCCGCCACUUUCAAAUUCCGCGCGCGCAUGUGUGUGGCAGAUGCUGAGGUGCCUGCACCCCUGGCGGCUGAGCGGUGGCCGGGCUGGACUGCGCCUCCUGCAGCGACAUCUGUUCACAAUGAAGGUGCAGUCUCCCGAGUUCCAGUCGCUGUUCACGGAGGGGCUGAGGAGCCUCACGGAGUUAUUUGCCAAAGAAAACCACGAGCUGCGGAUAGCAGGCGGCGCCGUGCGGGACCUGCUGUCCGGCGUGAAGCCGCAGGACGUGGACUUCGCCACCACCGCCACGCCCGAGCAGAUGAAGGGGCUGUUCCAGGCGGCCGGCGUCCGCAUGAUCAACAACAAGGGGGAGAAGCACGGGACCGUCACGGCCAGGCUGCAUAACGAAAAUUUUGAGAUCACCACCCUGCGGAUUGACGUGGUCACGGACGGAAGACACGCGGAGGUGGAAUUCACGACGGACUGGCAGCAGGACGCCGAGCGCCGAGACCUCACUGUCAACUCGAUGUUCCUGGGCUUUGAUGGUACUUUAUAUGACUAUUUCAAUGGUUAUGAAGACUUAAAGAAUAAGAAAGUGAGAUUUGUUGGACAUGCUAAAAAGAGGAUACAAGAAGAUUACCUUAGAAUUUUAAGAUAUUUCAGGUUUUAUGGGAGGAUUGUAGACAAACCUGGUGACCACGACCCUGAGACUUUGGAAGCAAUUGCAGAAAAUGCCAAAGGCCUGGGCGGAAUAUCAGGAGAGAGGAUCUGGGUGGAACUGAAAAAGAUUCUGGUUGGAAAUCAUGUCAGUCAUUUGGUUCACCUCAUCUACGACCUCGGCGUGGCUCCCUACAUAGGUUUACCUGCUAAUGCAAGUUUGGAAGAAUUUGACAAAGUCAGUAGAAAUGUUGAAGGAUUUUCACCAAAGCCAAUGACUCUCUUGGCCUCGUUAUUCAAAGUGCAGGACGAUGUCACAAAAUUGGAUUUGAGGUUGAAGAUUUCAAAAGAAGAGAAAAACCUUGGCUUGUUUCUAGUUAAAUACAGGAACGACUUAACUAAAGCAACGGAUAGUUCCGACCCACUGAAACCCUACCAGGACUUCAUUAUAGACUCCAGGGAGCCCGACGCCGCCGCCCGCGUCUGGGAGCUGCUGAAGUACCAGGGCCAGCCCGGCCUCCUGCGGGACCUGCAGCAGUGGUCCGUGCCCUCCUUCCCCGUCAGUGGCCACGACAUCAGGAAGGCGGGCAUCUCCUCCGGGAAGGAAAUCGGGGCGCUGCUGCAGCAGCUGCGGGACCAGUGGAAGAAGAGUGGUUACCAGAUGGAGAAGGACGAGCUGCUGAGUCACAUAAAGAAGAGCUGAGUCCGUGGGAGCCGCCACCAGCAGGACAUCUCAGUAAGCCGCUCGCGCCUCGGCCCCAGGAGGCUUGAGAGACUCGAGGAGCAGCUGAAGGCGGCCGAGGGUCUUCAUAGAAUAAAGCCUUUUACACUCUGCGAGUUGCGUACUUCAGACACGAGGUGAAGGCUGCCUCCCCUCGGGAGCACGGUACGUGCCACUCUGCACAUGGCCUCCCAGCAGUCACAGGCGUGUCCGCUGCUGUCUCACAGCCCUGAACUGGCACCCUCCUGGCACAGUUCCCACUGAGAGAGGCUAGUUGCCUUGCCCAUCUUAACCUGUGUAGGCUUUAGCUAUACCCUGAGUAGCCACUCAGAGCAUCUUUGUACUGGCAAUAGCCAUGUUUCUGUAAAAGCCCGGCUAAAAGGUGUGGAAACCUUUGGUGUAACGGGGCUUCUUCGGGAGGGAGCCCAGACCAGGUCUGUGGGUGCAGGUGUUGGGAAGCACUCGCUGACACACUCAGGACCCACCGAGCGGCGUCCCUGCACCCCAGGGAAGGUGUGCAGGCUUAGCGGUUUCAGGUCUGGGUUCCUCAUGAAUAACACACUUUAAAGUAGGAUAUGCGAGUGUUUAAUUAGAGUUUUAUUUGCAAGUGUCAGUGAGCAAUAUGGAACAUUCUGAGAUGACACCUUCAGGGGCAAAUGUCACAGCGGUGUCCCGCCCUCACUGGUUUAGUCUCAGCACGGUGUGCAGAGCGACGGGCAGACACCGGUCCUGGCAGUCAUCGGGGCCACAGGAAAGGGUGGGGACGACAGUGUGGAGUUUGGAACGAGGUGGCACGUGCAGGGUGGUCGCUGGCGUUUGUGGGCGAGGCAGUCCACACGGGUGCACGUUUGGUAAAAGACAGUCGGUUUUGGCCUCACGUUUUACCCCUUAGUUGAACUUUCCCCAAUGAAUUAGGUGAAGCAGCAAAGGACUAGCAAGACCACCACAGUUCACACCAAUGGGAAGACGCCCAGUGAACCCCCAGUGUACAAGCAAAGAGGUAGGUGGCGAACCAGCGUAGCGAGACCUUCGUCUCCAAGUUACUUCUUACACCUACGCCAUCUGCUCGCGUAGGCGCUUCACAUCACUUAACAGAGAACGUGUUUUAGUUUUGCUCUUAAAAUUUACUUAGAGGUUUUUUCCAAUUGACCCUGAACAAAACAGCCUAAGAAGACAGCGUCUGGCCUCCCGGAGGGGACGCACUUGAGCAUCUGCUCCUUAGUGGUCUAGGUCCCGAUUGCACUUGGAACAGAACCAGCGGUGUCACAGUUCAGACACUGAGCAAAUGCACACAAUACUGGGUUUUUACUAACAAACAC